AUGGAUGCCCCUAUCGCUGGAACAAAUGGAACUGUCGCCUAUCUGGAGGAGAUAUUGGUUACUGGCAGACCCAUCAGCAAACAUAGUGCACAAUUAGAGGCCUUGUUCAAGCGGAUUCAAGACUACGGACUCCGCGUUCGACUCGACAAAUGUGCUUUUCUACAGACGGAGAUCACCUACCUUGGGUUCGUCAUCAACGCACAAGGACGAGGCCCCGAUCCAGAAAAGAUCAAAGCUAUCCUCAAAAGACGUUAG